AUGAAGCUCAGCAAGUCUAUACCGGAUUUCAUGCGACACACGCUGGUCAAAGCCAGCAGUACUAUCUUCGAGCCCGUGGAGGCAAUCCUCGAGAAAUCAGGGAAAACACAAAAGGCCCAGAAAUUGCGCAAACUACAGCACCGAUGUAUUGGUCUUUCUGAGGACCAGUGGCAAUAUAUCAAUGAUUACUUCGUGACUGAAGAAGUCCUACAUUUUGCAUUACAAGCAAGGGAAAAAGAAUUGCAGAAUAAUAAAAAAAUAAAGAGCGAACAACCUGCAAGUGACGACCUCAACGAGUUCAACAACUACAAAGAAAAACUGAGGAAAUCUGAGCGGAAACUGGAAGCACUCAACAACGAUGUACGCUCCACCGAAGGGGUCAUGAAGCUCCUAGAAUGGAAAAUGGGACACACUCCACUGUACCGCGCUAUGAGUUUCCAGCGAUGCGAUUCAAAAUGGUAUCUCAGGGACACAUGGCUUCGGAAAAGUGUGCUAAGGAGGGGGUGUUGUGGCCGGUCUUGUGGUUGCUGUGAGAAGCCACGAUGCACGAGGAGCGACCGAGAAGUCCUUGGCCACUGUACACCGAUGUGUGAAUGUUGUGAUGGCUAUAGGGGUAGGAUCAUUACAGUUCACACUGAUGAUUUUGUGACUCUGGGCCAAGUUGAUUUGAUUCCGAGGGAGGCGAAAAGGUACGCGCAUUCGAAGGCUGUCUAUGAGGGGCGGAUCGAAUUCGAUCCAAGGAAGGAAAGAACGGAUAAGAUUAGUGCACGUCUUAUGAAUGCCUAUGUUUGGGGGCUGGAUGGGAGAAGAGGAUGA